CCUCACUACACGGCUCCUCUCUAUGGCUUCCCCCCGCCUUCCCCCGCUAUCUGCUUCCGCUUCCGGGCCGCUCUUUCUCUUCGGGCUGCUAAGAUGGUUAACGUCCCGAAAACCCGUCGGACCUACUGCAAGAAAUGCGGGAAGCACCAGCCGCACAAAGUCACCCAGUAUAAGAAGGGGAAGGACUCCCUCUACGCCCAGGGAAAAAGACGCUACGAUAGGAAGCAAAGUGGCUAUGGGGGCCAGACAAAGCCCAUCUUCCGCAAGAAGGCGAAAACCACAAAGAAGAUUGUGCUGAGGCUGGAGUGCGUGGAGCCCAACUGCAGGUCCAAGAGGAUGCUGGCAAUUAAAAGGUGCAAGCACUUUGAACUGGGAGGAGACAAGAAGAGAAAGGGCCAGGUGAUCCAGUUCUAAGCUCCAUCCUACUCAUUAUGGACCAUAUUAAAGUAUUUGGAAGUGA